UUAACAACUGUGUGGAACGGAAUCGGAUAAUUUAUAGGAACAUUCAUAUUAGAGCUUAGUAAACUUCUUUAUUUUCUAAUUUGCGCGCAGGAAUAAUUCUGUUCCAAACAUGUCAAGCUUUUGUCGAGACGUUGCCGAAAUGAAGCAUAGUAUUCUCGUGAAUGAAUCGAGGCCCAAUUCGGAGAAAAUUCGUUUUCAGUGGAAGCAGUGUUUGUUGGAUGUUAUGGUCGUUUGGAACAGCGAUGGCGUUGUUGACGAAGAACCUAAUGGUUUACGGUGUGAAGAAGAAGCGAACCGUGAAGAUGAAGAUUCUUAUUAUGGAUUUCACGAAAUUGCUGCAGCAAAUCCCAAAUAUGGUGCAAAAUGCGGUGACGAAAAGCGCCUCAAGGACUUGGAAAGAAGCUUUAGGGACGUGCGAUUUCACUUGCCGAGGAAGAACCGUGAAGUCGGUUCUCCCGACUCAAGUGCACAGUGGGAGGGCGUGAGUAAUGAAGUUUUUCCCAAUUUUGUAGUUAAUGCAAUACGAGGAGCACGUCAUUUUGUGACCGAAAUAGAAUAUGAGAUAGAUAAUAAGAAAUAUACUUGGAACUCAAGGGCUCACAGGAAACAGUUGUAUAUGAGGAAUGCUGGGUAUUUCAAGGAUUACAAGUUUCAGUGGAAGUACUGGUUACAGAAACUGAAGAAGAUUUCUGUUUGGGUAGGUAUUUUAUUUACUAUCGGCUCAGCAAUUUUUGUUACCAGUACAGCUUUGGAAUAUUCAAUGGCUAUUUAUCAAAGCUACGUAUUGUUUCAAGUAUUUAUCGGCUGGCCUUUUUUUGGUGGUGCCAUGUUUUACUUGGUUGGUGCUUAUGCCAACUUUCUUGAAGUGAUCAAUGCCCCAGACGUUCACCCUGUAGAAGAUGACAUAGAAUCACUGAGAAAGGCAGCAGAGAGAUACAGGAGGCGGCAUAAGUACCGUUGGUUUGGUUGGUACCCUUACAGAAUUGAUUAUCUUGCUUCUCUCAUUCAGCUGAUUGGUGCUGGUUUAUAUUCUAUCAACUGCUUUGUGGGAAAUGGCAGCACAGCAUUUACUUUGAGUUUUUGGGAAACAGAGUUUUUAUACUGGCUGCCAGAUACCUUAGGGUCUAUUUGUUUUGUGGUUAGUGAAUAUAUGUUUUAUGUUGAGUAUUCGCACGGCUGGUGGUGUUGGAAUCCUAAAGACGUAUCCUUUUGGGCAGUCUUUUUAAAUGUUUGGGGUGCAGUUGGUUUCUUAUUGGAUGGCGGUUUUGGUUUUGGUUCCUACGCGUUUCCACCGGAUUCUGUUUAUGCAUAUAUUGCGACGAAUUUGACUUUAUUGAUUGGUUGUAUAUGUUUUUUGAUUGGUUCAUUUUUACUGAUUGUUGAACAAUCUGGACCGGACGCUACUCUUUUGCCUGGUUUAGUGAAGGACUAAGUUCAAUUCAUGCUGUCAUUAUAUAAGAAUUGAAAUGAUAGUGUGCAAAUUCUGUACUC